AUGUCUGGUUUAGGAGGCGACUUCGCUGCCCAAUUUUCCCGUGAAACAUGGGCUCUAUACGCUGUCGGCGUACUGGGCGCCGUUUUGCGAUUCACGGCCCGUAUUCGACGCCUUGGAAUCCGGAAUCUUCAAUCCGAUGAUUAUCUCAUGUUUUUUGCGGUGAUCUGGUAUACACUGUUAUGCGUCGCUCUAAACCAGGUCGCUUCUGGUGGAGGGUCCAAUCUCAUGACCCCCGAGGAUGAAGAGAACUUGACCCCCAAAACUUACAACGAGCGAGUCAGGGGCAGCAAAUGGGUCUUUGUGUCAGAACAUUCAUUCGUUCUCUGUAUCUGGGCUCUGAAAGCAUGCAUGCUAGUGAUCUAUGCCCGCAUCACCGAGGGACUCAAGCAGAGACGCUGGAUUAACUAUAUUGCCAUUUACGUUGCUCUUGGCUUUGUCGCAACAGAGCUAUCACUUUUCCUCAUCUGUCGCCCAUUGACAAACUAUUGGGCUGUCCCAACACCAAACACUCAAUGCUCGUCUUACCAGUACUACGAAAUCGUUCAAGGCUGCAUCUCCAUAUCCGCCGAUAUCUUCAUGCUUCUCAUCGCCAUCCCACUCCUAGUGCAAGUCCGUGUCCCGCUCAAGCAAAAGAUGAUCCUGCUACUGCUCUUCGGCAUGGGAAUCUUCGUCAUUGUUGCCGCUGUCCUGAACAAGGUGUACUGUCUCGUCCCUUCCUUGAUUUCCUACGUGUACAUGAACUGGUACUUCCGCGAAGCAACCGUCGCAAUCCUGGUUACCAACCUUCCACUCAUCUGGUCUCUACUCCGCGAUGUCUUCCCCGCCCUCAAGAGCUGGACCGGCGGCUCCAAGCGCGGAACCGACCGCUACAAGUCCGGUCCCUGGACCAGCAAAGGUGGCUCCAAUCUCCCGCCUUACGGCCCAUCCAGCCAUCUGCGCUCAGGCGACUUCAGCAUGCAGGACUUCCAGCGCUCCGCCACCAUUACCCCGCAGAAGGCGACGGUAUCGGAUGUCAGCCUGCCGCCCAGCGAAGAACGCGCUCCCAGCAGCGACGAUGGAUCCGCGCGCGCCCUCCGCAUUCGCCAAGAUAUCACCGUCACGGUGGAACAUGAUCAGCGACCAGAUAACUAUGAGUCGCAUUCCACGCAUGUUCGCCCGCGCGAGGAUGUCUAA